AUGACGCAGGCGGUUAUUGAUUUCUCACCAGUGAGAAUAAUUCUCGCCGAAUGUCCAUACAGAUUCUUUGGACAAAACUGUGCCUCAAAAUGCCAUUGUGUUAACAACACGUCAUGCAGCAACACUGAUGGAACUUGUACAAUAGGAUAUUGUGAUUCUGGCUGGCAAGGUUCUAGCUGUAGUCAAGAAUGCACGUAUAGAACAUUUGGACAAAAUUGUUCCAGUGAAUGUCAUUGUUCUGAUAAUUCGACAUGUAAACCUAUAAAUGGAACCUGUAAUAAUGGGUAUUGUGAAGCCGGCUGGCAAGGUUCUUCAUGUAGUGAAGAGUGCGAGUAUAGAACAUUUGGUCCAAAUUGUUCUGAAGAAUGUCAUUGUUUCGACAAUUCGACAUGUCAUCCUGUAAGUGGAGCCUGUCAUAUUGGAUAUUGUGAAGCCGGCUGGCAAGGUCCUGCUUGUAAUAAAGCCAGAAAUAUAUUGCUGAAACUGAAAGGUCAAGUUAAUACACAGAUGUCUUCCGUGGCUCAUAACUGGACCUCAGAGCGUGCAAUCGAUGGUCGUGUUGGUCCAGAUCCUAAUACAUGUCACUGCUGCAGUGGAACGAAGAAUUCUCAGCUUUCCUGGUGGACGCUUGAUUUAAGCAAAAAAAUUUCGAUCAAAUCGGUUAUCAUUUACAGCAGGGACCAAGAAAGUUUUUACCAAGACUUGAAAGACUUUCAGUUAUAUCUUACAAACAACACUCUACAAGAUGCAUCCGCCAUAAACACCAAUAGCAAUACAAACAUUACUGACAACGCUUAUGAAAUUGAUAUACCAAACACUUUGGCAAGAUAUGUAACUAUAAAGAGACCAGGAGUGUUAACAAUAUGUGAGAUUAUGAUCUUUGAAGGAGAGUGUAUGUUGGGAACAUACGGUGACGAAUGUAUAAAGGAGUGUCACUGCGCAGACAACAAACCGUGUAAUAAAGAGAGUGGAUUCUGCAAAACAACAAUUUGUAAGACAGGCUGGAAAGGACCGGCUUGCGACCAAGGAUGUCCACAAGAUAGAUUUGGUGACGAUUGCAAAGAACGCUGUUUUUGUGCUGGAGGUACCUGCACAAAUAAUUACGGUGUAUGCCCUGGAAACUGCAGGCAAGGCUUCCACGGCCCUCAUUGCAACAUAGCGGGGAGCGCUAAACAAAGCGAGAAAAGUUCAAGCGGAAUGGCAACUGUUGGAGUAUCGGUUGGUGGAUCUAUCGCAUUUGUUUCAAUUGCUGUAGCUGUUUUGUACCUAUUUGUAAGAUAUCGAAGAAAAAUAAGAUACCAAAAGGAACAUAAAAAUGACUACACCACUCCUUCGGUUUAUAUUCAACAGUCAGGGAACUCGGAUUAUGACACUCUUGAAACUAUACAAG